AUGAAGGACUUAGGUACACUAUCUUGUUUUUUGGGGAUCAAAGUUGCUUCUUCUCCUAGCGGUUAUCUUAUCUCUCAAUCCAAGUAUCCUAUGGAUGUUAUUGAGCAUGCUUAUCUUACUGAUAUUAAAACGGUUGAUACUCCUCUUGAGUCCAAUGCUCAAUAUUCAUCCUCUGAUGGUGGACCAUUGACUAAUCUUACUUUAUAUCGUACUAUGGUUGGAUAUCUAGUUUAUCUUACCAUCACACAUCCCAAUAUUGCUUAUGCUGUUCACAUUGUUAGUCAGUUUUUUUCAGCUCCUACUGCAGUUCAUUGGGUAGCAGUUGUUCGUAUUUUGCGUUAUCUUCAUAGUACAUGCUUUCAAAGUCUUUUGUUUCCAUCGACCUCAUCCUUAGUGCUCCGUACCCACUCUGAUGUUGAUUGGGCGAGUGACCUCAUUGAUCGCAAGUCCACUACUGAUUUUUACAUGGGUGUUUCUCAUUCUUCCCCAACUCCCAUGUAUUGUGAUAAUACUAGUCCUAUUCAGAUCUCUCACAACUCUUUGUUCCAUGAAUUCACAAAGCAUAUUGAGAUUGAUUGCCAUCUGGUUCGUCAUCAUCUGCAGACUGGCACCAUUUCCCUACCUUUUGUUUCUUCAUCGUUGUAG